AUUUAUGUUUCAGUUUCUCUAACAAAAGUGAAGAAGAAGACGCGCGAGACGAAAGAAGCGCUUAUCAAAGAGGUUCGAGCAUCUGUCGAUAAAUACAAGCAUUUAUUUGUUUUUAAUAUUGAGGAUAUGAGGAGUACGCAUUUCAUACAGGUUCGGCAACGAUUCAAGGCAAACAGCCGAUUUUUCUUUGGUAAAAAUAAUGUUAUGGCCGUUGCACUAGGUAAAAAUGCAUCUUCUGAAUAUGCGCCACAACUUCACUUGGUAAGUCAAAUCUUACAAGGUCAGUGUGGACUUAUGUUUACUCUAUUAUCGAAGGCCAAGGUGAUGAGCGCGUUAAAGGAGUUGACUUUUGCCGAUUACGCUAGAGCUGGCCAUAUUGCCCGUGAGACGAUCACUAUACCAGAAGGUCCACUUCCACAGUUUGCCUUUUCAAUGGAACCACAGCUGCGGAAACUUGGCCUGCCUACGAAGCUUGAAAAAGGUACCAUUACGCUAUAUCAGGACUACGAGAUCUGCAAAAAGGGAGAGCCAAUAACAGCGGAACAAGCUAAGGUUACUUCAUUUGUAUUACAAAGAUGA